AUGACAGCCUCUUUGCGGAGCCUUGGCGAUGCUGCUACCACUACUGCCAGUACAUUUGACGGGCUACUCGACUCAUUAGAUAGCCUCGGACAAGGCAAAGAAGUCACUACAUUCAGCUCAAACGGUCAUUUGGUGACCGCCGGCACCACCAGCGCAGGUAGUCCAUGUGCAAGAACUUGCAACCUUCUAAGCACCAUCUUUCCUAAUAUCACAAGCCAGAUAGGGAGCCCAUCUUACAACCAACAAGAAACCACAUAUUGGUCGAACCAACAAGCAGAAACCCAGCCAACAUGUCGAAUACAACCACAGUCUGCGCUCCAGGUCUCUGCAUCUCUCCUCAUCACCAAGUUCUUCAACUGCCAAUUUGCAGUGAAAAGUGGAGGUCACGCCAUGUUUGCGGGAGCAUCAAAUAUCCAAGACGGCCUGACGAUCGAUUUGGCCAACCUCAACCAGAUCCAGGUAUCGCAAGACAGGACUCUGACCAAUGUUGGAGCCGGUAAUCGUUGGGUCGAUGUUUAUAGUCAGCUCGAUCAGCAGCAACUGUCCGUUAUUGGCGGCCGAGUCGCCGGUAUCGGCGUUGGCGGAUUGACACUCGGCGGAGGAAUCUCAUUCUUCUCCGGCCGUCACGGGCUCGCGUGUGACAACGUCAGAAACUACGAGGUCGUCCUCGCGAACGCCUCAAUCGCCAACGUGAACCACACCUCGUACCCAGACCUCUACUUCGCCCUCCGCGGCGGCGGCAACAACUUCGGCAUCGUCACCCGCUUCGACCUCGAAACCUUCCCCCAAGGCCCCAUGUGGGGCGGAGCGCGAACUUACCCCAUCGCCGCCGCCGCCUCUCUCAUCAGCGCCUUCGACAACUUCGCCACCAACAGUCCCUCAGACCCGGACGCCGCCCUCAUCCUCGCAUUCUACUACUACAACGGAACCUAUCACGGCAGCACGGACAUGGAGUACGCCCACGCGGUCGUGGAUCCGGCCAUCUUCCGCGAACUCACGGGCGUGGCGAGUCUGGCGUCUACGACGCGGAUAGCGAACCUGACGGACCUGACGCUCGAGUUCGAAGCAUCGAACCCGAGCGGGUUCCGCGAGACGUAUUUCACCGCGACGUUCAAACCGAGUGCGGUCCUCGAGCGGGAAAUCCUCGACAUAUACGUCGGCGAAGUCGAAGGCAUCAAGGACGCCGAGGGCCUUCUGCCGGCCGUGGUAUUCCAGCCGAUUACGAAGGAUAUCAUCUCCUACUUUAGCAAGAACGGAGGGAAUGCGUUGGGGAUUGCGGAGUCUGAUGGUCCAUUGAAUCUGGUCGAUAUCGCCAUUUCGUGGUCUUCCCCAUCCGACGACGACCGCAUUAUGGCCGCGGCCAGCAGCUUCAUUGACCGAUCAACUGCAGCUGCAAAAGGGAUGGGUCUGGAUUACAAGUUCAUCUACCAGAAUUACGCCGCACAGGGUCAAGAUGUCUUCGAUGGGUAUGGAGAGGCGAAUAAGCAGCGCUUGAUCGAGAUCAGCGAGAGGUAUGAUCCGGAGCGAGUAUUUCAAAAGCUGCAGCCGGGAUACUUCAAGUUGGAAGGAUGA